GCAAAAUGUCUGCUCUUGUUGCAGCUCAGUAUGGAGCAGGUGCUUUGGUUACCAGUAUUAUGCACCCUCUUGGGUAUGCAAAGGUUUUGAUUCAGGUUGGAUAUGAACCACUGCCACCAAAACCAUCAGUUUCUCUCUUUGGGAAGGAAACCUAUGUAUAUCCAAAUAUAUUCCAAUAUAUCAAACACAUAAAGAGUGUUGAUGGUUUCUGGGGUCUGUACAGCGGAGUCUUCCCACGGAUCGCGUCACAAAUCAUUGGCAAUGUGGUGCAGAGCACUGUUACAGAGACAUUCAAGGAAUUCAAUAAAAAUGAAGAGGAACAAGGAAAACAACAGACUAGUGAUGAACUGUUGGUUUGGAUCAGUGCAUUCUGCAAAGAGACAGCUCAAGAAACUGUAGGGCGGUGUCUAGGAAUUGUUGUCAGCCAUCCAUUUCAUGGUGAGCUUUUAAUAAUAAGAUAUUCCGUAUUUUCAUCUAUAAGUGAAAUCUACAGAAACGAUGGUGUUCUUGGAUUCUUUUCUGGUAUUGUUCCUCGAAUUGUUGGAGAGAUCAUCACCGUGUGGAUUUCCAACUUCCUUGCUCAGCUCAUGAACAAGUACCUCGUAGAAGAUAAGGAAAUGAAAUCAUAUACUGGUGCUGCAUGUGGGCUGGUUGUAUCACACGUGACCUAUCCUUUCACUCUGGUUACCAACAUCAUGGCAGUGAAUAACUCUGGGUUACGGGCAGUUUCUUGGAAACCAUAUGACAGCUGGUUUGACUGCUGGGGAGAUCUAAGUAGACAGGGAGCUUUGAAGCGAGGAUCAAGCCUGUUCUGGAGGUACUACAGUGGUCCAAGAUUUUCUUUCAGUGGUCGAAGACAAUGAAAGCCUUGAUAUAGUCAUCCAUUGUGUACCGAGUUGUCUCUUAGGAACACUUGUAAUCAUAACAACAUUAUUGUAGAAGUGAUGACUGACCAUGCCACUCAAAAUUACUUUGUGACUGGCUUUGUAAGGGGUGGGGUGGGGGGGCAAAUGAUUUUAGUGAUGUUGCCGUCUUGAUGAAUUCAUUCUGUGGAUUCAGGACUUGUAUGUUUAUUCUGGAGUUCUGUUAACCUGUUACAGUUGGAUGACGCAAAACAACUUAGUAUGGAAUAUGGGGUUUUAUACAUAAAAUUUAAUAUAAGAGUUAUUAUGUUAUGGCUCAUUUCAUAACCAUUUUUAGUUUAUCGCUUUUCUAACUUACUAAAUACUAAACAAUUUAUGGUAGACAGCAUGCUUGUUUAAAUUUUCUUUAGCGACAUUUUUUCUCAUUCAAAUAACUUGGGGAAAAAGUGAAUAAUUAAUGAUAUACUUCAUUUAUAAUAAUUUAUUUUCCAGUCUGCAGCACAAUUGGAGAUGUUCUUUUAAUCUUUUGGAAUUUUAAUGUGCUAUACAGGUCCUAAUCUAGAACUAAAAAAGUAGAAGUGACUUCUCCUUUCCCAGGUGAAAGGAGAGAAGUUUGAUAAAGAUUGGGCAAAGUGAACAUUUAUCAGUACAUUUCGUAAUGUUUCGUCAUUUUCUGCAUUUAUUCGGAAAGAUUCCGAAUUAGAAACAUGGUUCGAAUCAUAAUAUUUCGUUAUCAAAAACUAGUUCCAGUUAAUAAAAUACAACAAUUGAAUAUUUUCAUUAAAACGCACUAGUAUUAAGGCGAUGAUAAUUAAUGUGUCAUUGCUAUGUUAAAUGAAUUUUUGGCAUUACUAAAGUACAUCUGUCCAGAAACGUAACAGUCUGUUGACUGAUCACUGCAAACGGUGCUACAUAAAUUGAUAUACUGUCUUGCAUCAGAGUAAAACAAGACUUGCCCAGGUGUUCAAUGAGUAAUUAUACUAAACACAUUGCAGGGCAGAGCUCUGUCACUUGCCAAAUUCGCCAUUUUCAAUUUUUUAAUUUUGUGAAAUAAAGGAUAUUGUAUUAGAAAAUAACUGGGUUUCUGAAAUUUUUUAACUUUGAUAGAUAAUUUAGCAAAAUUUUCUGCUGACCUAAAACUAGCCUUACGUUGGUGUCUUCACUUCUAUUGUGUGAUUUUGUCCAGAAUAUUAGGCUUUUUACUUCUCACUACUACUAAAAAAUUGGUGACUUGAGCGGAUUUAUUUUUUGGAGAAAAAAGGUGCUAUUUCACCAGCAAGUUUAGGGACUGGCUAUCUCCAGUCCAUGGCCAUAUCACUAAAUUAGCACAAACAGUGAAGAAGUUCAUAUUACAUUGGCAAUUUGUAAUUCAACUGAACGUGUUUGCAUAUUUUCAACAACUUCUAUCCAUAUAUUUUACACAAAAUAGAUUUGUCAUAAUAAAAAUGCAUGUUAUUUUUGUUAAACGAAAUGGUUGAAAAAAUUAGGUUAAAUGGAAUUUUGACAUUCAAAUUCAUAAGAAACCCUCUCACUAAGAAGUUUAAAUAAGGUUUUAUAUUUUUCAAUGAGAGAGAUAUAUAGAGAAUAACUGGUUACUGCUUUAAGAUGUCAACUUUAUCCUGCAACGGUUAGAAUGGCAAGUGGCCUUCAUCAUUCAACAUGAGCAGGAUAAAGCCAAUAUCUCAAUUGCAGUAACCAGUCAUUUUAUUUAUCCUGCAAUCCGACAAGAAUAGUAGAAAAAUCACAUUUAUUCCAAAUUUGUUUUAUACAAAUUGUAUAUCAUUAAUCUAGCAGACCUUUUUGUAGUAUGACAUAAUACAUAUUUUGUCACACCAUUAAAGCAAUUUUAAGCUCCAAAGUCAUAAAUAAUGAGAUUCUUAUCUUUAUGGAGACAAAACAAUGUCAUUAUUUGUAAUAAAUACUGCAUUAAAACAUUAUAUAAUUGACAAUAUAGUCUGAAGUAUGUGCUCGGGUCUGAUGGUGAAUGCCACUCGUCAGAGCCUUGCAUUGCUAUUCUAACCGUCACAGGAUAAGGUCUUAUCUGGACUAACUGGUAUGCAUAUAUUGUCAUAACUUGCCAAUGUAUAUAGUGAUUGCAGGAUAAUACUAGAGUUUUACGGUAAACCAAUAAAGUUGUAUUGAUAAAGUUUGCUGGUGUAAAAUCGGUUCUGCAAUCUUGUAAAAAUGGGUUUUAAUUUAUGUGCAACACUGAUUUGUUUUUACUCGACCGAUUCUAUUCUUUAUGCUGGGUUUAUAUAUAAUAAUAAUAAUAAUAGUACUUGUACCCUUGUAAUACAAAUAUGGAAUGCUUGUACAUAGAAAUAAAAAAUAUCAUUUGA